AUGGCGCCAAAUCUGUCACUCUCAUCGACCAUCAAAUUAAGUGUAAUUUUGAUGCUGGCAAUGUUUUCCUUCACCACCGCAAGGGAAAUAAAGCUGCCGGCUUUGUUCUUCCAAAAUGAUCCGGCUACACGUAUUUUGGUCGCAGGGCCAAGAGACUAUCGGUUUGGGACAAUUAAUAUCCUUGAUAACCGGAUAACUGCCGGAAAAAGCCGAUUUUCACGUGAAAUCGGCCGCGUGCAAGGAGCCAACAUAACCUCGUCGCUAGACGGGCGAAAAGCAGUGAUAGAGGUUUCGAUUAUUUUCACCAGCGGAAAGUACAAUGGCAGUACCUUGGAACUUCAAGGGCAAGCCUCGCCACGUGCCGAUGUUAGAGAAUAUGCCGUAACUGGUGGAACCGGUAAGUUCCGUUUCGCUGUUGGGUACGCAGUCUUUGAGACGGUAGCUCGGGAUGCUCAGUAUUCGGUCGACAGGGGUGAUAUCACGGUUCGAUUUGUUGAAAAUUUGUAA